UGCAGCAAGAACAAAAUUAUAGAAUCCGAGAAAACCCUGAAGAGCAAUCUCCCAUAGCCGACAGACUACAGCACCAGUCCUGUGGCAUCUGUAAAAACCAAUGCAGUAAACAGAGGAAAAGAAAGUAUUUAUCGGCUCUCUCUCUCUUAAAUCUCUUUCUCUUCAAAAGUUGAGUCGGUUUCUUUUUUCUUUUUUUUUUUUUCGAUCGCUGUGUCUCGCUCGCGAUGGAAAGCAGGCUCGCCGCUUGCCGCCUACCGCCGCCGCCUGCCGCCCGCCUACAAAAGCGCCCUCUAGUGAGGAGGAGACAGGGACCGUGAGGAGAGAACACUUGCAGCUUUCCCUCCCUGCGGUGCCUCGGAGAGAUGGCCUCGGCGCACUCGGCCUUCUGCGUGCAGGAUAAUUCUUCACGCGCUCCCAGCUCCUGAUAGACUGAGGUCGACGUUGCCUGCUUUCAGCCGCAGCUCUGGGCAGCGCUACAUGGCCGCCUCCCAUCUCCCGUCUGCCACACCGACAACUUCCACAACCUCCCACACCGCAGUCAGCAGCAGCGACAUCGUGCUGCUCGUCGCCUUCCUGGCGGUCGGCGUGGUGGCCUUGUGCGCCAACGUGGUCGUGCUUCUGACCCUGGCCUUGACCCGCAAGCUGAGGAUGAGGUCGUCGUCAGCGUUCGUGCUGAGUCUUGCGGUGGCCGACACAGCCUUCACCGUGCUCACUGUUUCCCUGGCAACGUGCGGCCUCCUCAGCCACCAGUGGCUUUUCUCCAAGAUGAUGUGCCGGUUGACAGCCUCGGUGAUCACCUUCUUCUCGGUGGGCUCCGCCAUGUCAGUAGCGGCCAUCGCUCUCGACAGGUACCUGGCAAUCCUGCACUGUCUGCGCUACUCCACCUGGCCUCGCUGGCGCUACGUCGGCUUCGUGCUGCUCGCCAUCUGGGUACAGGCCUUGCUCUUCGGCGUGACCGUGACGACGGAUGCGGUGCAGGUGGGCUUCGUGCUCGUGCAACACAUCUGCGACGUGCAGCCAGCGCCGUCCAUGGGUUACCUGUGGGUCAAGGCCAUCGUCACCUUUCCUCGUGCCGGUCAGCGUGCUGACCUACGCUUACGCUCGCAUCGUGUGGGUGGCGCGCCUUCACUCGCGCAAGAUCGACGUCGUCUCGCUCCACUCGCGCCGGGGCUCCGAGGACUCGCGACGACCGGAAGUCAGCACCAACGGGGCGGUGGCGGCCGGCGCCAUGUUCUCCGUGCGUCGCCUGUCGGUCCUGAGCCUGCCCUCCCAGACGGAGGGUGGCAAGCAGCGGUUCCACGUCAGCGGCGACCUGGAGCUUCUGGGUGCCACCUCCCCGAGCGCUGCUGCCGCUGCUUCAGUGCCGGACGCUAUCCCCCCGCCGCAGAGCAUGCUGUGCAUCUCUUUCAGGCUCGUCCUGCUCAUCGUCGUUUUCUUCGUCUGCUGCGGAUGCCGCGCAUGCGCCGUGUUGUACGAAGCGGUGGCUGCACGACUUGCCGCUGGCGAGCGCCCGGACCACGUCAAACUUUCCCUCGUUCACGUGGCGGGUGGCGCAUCCAGCUGGAACUACGUCAUGACCAGCCAGCCAUCCCACGCCGCCACGGACUACAACUACGUGAUCGUGCCGGACACCGUGGCGACGGCGUCGCAGUGGCUGCUGUUGCUGAACAGCAUGCUGAACCCUUUCCUCUACGCCAUCAUGAGCCAGCGCUUCCGAUUCUUCGCCUGCAGCCUCUUCUGCCGACGAUUGGGCGGCGGCGGCCAUUACAGCGCGCAGACCAACGGUAACAUCUUUAACGUCUCGCUCUACUCCGCCUUCCUCAGGAACCUGCAGGCGCCGGCCUCCCGCCGCAGCUCCGUGGACAGCUGCGACUGCGUGCACCAGCUGCACUACCUCCGCCACUCAUCGCACGACGGUCAGCAACGGCGAUCGGAGGGCGACGCCGACAGCCGGACAUCACGCAGCCUGGCAGCAUCCAGGUCCUUCUCGUCCUUGUCUUCCAGAGAACAAUCAGAACCCCCAGCCCAGGCCCAAUUCCUACAAGUUCCCUCCGUGUUUGUGAACACCGGAGUCAAAGAACUUACCCCCCUGGGAGGUGCCUACCUCGGGGGUGGGCAUGACUCUGAACAGCCGCAGCUACAGUGCUCCUGUGUGCGCACUCGGGGUACCGUGUUCUCACGGCUUCCGCGAGGCAGCGACCUCCAGCACCCCGAGACGAGCUGGUAGUAUGCCCGGCUCGCCCGAUGACGACUUUUAUUACAGCCGGAACAAUAAGGCUAGAAUAAGAAUAGUGUUGGACCUAGUGUAAAUCCGUUCCUCGCUCUUCCUCCACCCCACCCCAUCCUUUAUCCCCCAAAAUGACUUCAUCCUGCUAUUGUUGUUAAAAUCAUUUUUAGGCAUUCUUCAUCGACUCGGACAUUUGAGCUGUUCAGCUGGAGCUGGAUAGUAGCUGUUUAGUUUUUCCGGCACCCGGAUUUGAUGUAGUUACAUAGAUAUUGGCCUUUCACCCCUUCAUUCUGCAUGUUCUGGACGAACAAGUUAUGAAAUAAAAUUUUAUCACGUUGUUAAGAGAAAACCCAAAACAUUGUGUCACUGAGACAGGAAAGCUUUUAGCAAUAGCAAUGAUCAUGGACAGCUGAUUUGAUACCCUAACCCUUAAAAAAAAUCUUUUGACCCUGUUGCACUGAUAUUCCGAGUGUUGCUGUCGUAGUCUUCGGCGUUCUGGUCUUCCAUCUUCACCCACUUCAUCAUCAGCUAACAGGACACAUCAAAAGUGACCUCGCAAUCAGCACACUCUGCUCUGUUGUUGACAAAUUCAAAUCUCCUUUUUUUGAAAAAAAAAAAAGCUAAUGUUUGGUGGACAGUUGUUAAUGACGAUGGCUUUUGUGGCAUCUCCAGUGUCCUUUUCUCUUUUAGGGUUUGCUUCUGUUUGUUCAUUAAGUGGGCAGUCGCUUGAAACGGCAUUUAUAACGAAGGCGAAAUCGAUAGAAGAAAUCAUCGUGGAAAAAUCUAGAACAAAUUAGCUUCUUUUUUUUUAGUAACUGUUCACGCAAUAUUUGUAACGGUUCUCCGGUGAAUGUCUCCCAUGGUAACCCGGUCUUCCUCAUGCAGCAAGUGUUUCACUGGUGCUCACUGUGAGAACACGACUAAAUAAUGUUACCGCUUCAAGUUCCGAGUACAAUAGAUAUAUAUAUAUUCUCUAAAUGUUUAUGAUGCGUGCGUGCGUGCGUGCGUGCGUGUGUUGUUAUUUAGCGCUUGUGUCAUGGGGAUGAAAGGUGCUUAAAACACAUUGGGUCGUGCGUGUGACUAUAGUCAUCAAGCAGCCUUUGGUCAAUGCUCGUUAAUAACGGUUACAAUUACGUCAUAAAUCGCUAGUAUUUGAUGACUUCACAGCUGUAAAUUUGUAUCCCCCGAAAUGACAGAACCUAAUUCCAGUUCCCAAGUCCCGUGACAAAAGGGCAAACAAGUUUUCGAUACGCGUGGAAAUCGAAAGAAAAUAAGUGGAAUGGAAAAAAAAAAAACAAAAACGAGCCAAGACAUGUUGGGUGCGUGGAAUGCAUUGAAAGUUACUCGAGGGCACGAACGAUUAUCUUGCUGUACGUCUGCUAGCUGCUGACAUCGGCCGUCUGGCACAUUCUGCAAGUUUUCAAUAAAACGACCAAAAAUCCAUCUAUCACUUUACUCGGGAACUGAGCAGCCAAAUGAUUCCAGUCUCAAGAUGUGAACACCAGCCAGUUGGACGCCCGUGCAAAGCAGCAAACCUCCUCCACUUGACCCAUGUCUAAAAAUAGAUACCUGACCAUAGGGUUGGGCUGGGGAAGGAAAGGCAGCCGGUUCGACUCUUGGCUCAGCUCUGUGGCGUUGUGCUGGGGAUGGACAGGCAGCGAGGGAAGAAGAUCGGGAGCAUCUAAAGACCACAAGGCUGUGGUGGUUACCUUUGUUAUCACCGUCCACCGCUGUCACAUCUCCAUGCAUUUUCAUUGCAGUACAGCUCUGCUCAGCUGGUCGUUCAUCUACUUUGUAAUAUUCUGUGAUCCUCCCAGGUUCUAGCUCAAAAGCUGAAACUCUGCAACAAACUGUAGACUGUUGUUAGACUGUUGUUAUAACAAUUUAUCUCCACAGAAGCACUGUCUUCACAGACAGUAAACAUCCGGGGUGUUGUGCUGUUAGGUGCAGGGCAGAUCUUGCCUCGGGGCGUAUUCUGGAGGUGACACUUGUGUGCAGGGUUGGCCGGUUUCCAUCAACCCUCGCAAGGUGCAAUCGGCUUUAUGUGGAAGCACUUUCUCUCAAGCCCACCAACCAACCAGCCGAGUGUAAUGCUGCUAAUAUCUUCUGAUUGACUGGUUUGUUUACUGGACAGUCCUUCACACAGUUGCUCUUUCUACCAUAGAGAAGAGAGUGGUAAAGGUUAGGGAGGGGGUACAGCGACCACCUUUGUGAACACGUGUCACUUUCUGUGUGCACCUUUUAACCUUAUUAACACCCAAGUUAUCUGUUUAUCACCUCUCUGAUUUAUUACGAUGCAAAAAAUCCAUUGCACAAACCGUAAAUUUAAAAAAAAAAUCAUUUGAAAACGCUUGCUAAAAGGAAGAGCUUAAUCACUGAGCCAUUUUUGAAUGAAUGUUUAUUUGAGUUUUCUCCAGAAUAAAACCAAAAUAAUA